AUGGCGGUCAACAGGAUAAAAGGGGCCUUCGCGGUACCCAGGAAGGGCGAGACAUUCGAGUUGAGAGCUGGAUUAGUAUCGCAGUAUGCGUACGAGCGCAAAGAGGCUAUCCAGAAGACCAUCAUGUCCAUGACCUUGGGCAAAGAUGUGUCUGCGCUUUUUCCGGACGUUUUGAAGAAUAUUGCCACUGCAGAUUUGGAUCAGAAGAAGCUUGUCUACCUAUAUCUGAUGAAUUAUGCCAAAUCGCAUCCGGAUCUCUGUAUACUAGCGGUCAAUACGUUUGUGCAAGACUCAGAAGAUCCAAAUCCACUCGUACGCGCCCUCGCUAUUCGAACUAUGGGUUGUAUCCGGGUAGAUAAGAUGGUUGAUUAUAUGGAGGAACCUUUACGAAAAACACUACGAGAUGAAUCUCCUUAUGUGCGGAAAACUGCUGCGAUAUGCGUUGCCAAACUCUUUGAUCUCAAUCCUACAAUGUGCCUCGAAAACGGGUUUUUAGAAACAUUACAAGAAUUAAUUGGCGAUCCAAAUCCUAUGGUCGUGGCCAACUCUGUGACAGCACUGGCAGAAAUCAACGAAGCUGCGCCAGAAACAAAGGCUUUACGGGUGACGCCGGCAACACUGAAAAAGAUGUUGAUGGCUCUGAAUGAAUGUACGGAGUGGGGAAGAGUUACGAUAUUGACGACUUUGGCGGAUUAUAAGGCUCAAGACGUGAAGGAGUCGGAACACAUUUGUGAGAGAGUAUCACCACAGUUCCAGCAUGUCAACCCAAGUGUCGUGCUGGCUGCGGUCAAAGUUGUGUUCCUGCAUAUGAAAAAUGUCAGCCAGGAACUGAACAAACAGUACUUGAAGAAAAUGGCACCUCCUUUAGUCACCCUUGUGGCCUCUGCCCCAGAAGUCCAAUAUGUUGCGUUAAGAAACAUUGAUUUGCUACUUCAAUCCAAACCCGACAUCCUAAGCAAAGAGCUGCGUGUUUUCUUCUGCAAAUACAACGAUCCGCCAUACGUAAAGCUUCAGAAACUCGAGAUUAUGGUACGGAUAGCCAAUGACAAAAACGUCGACCAGCUCCUUGCCGAAUUGAAAGAGUACGCUCUGGAAGUCGACAUGGAUUUUGUUCGCCGAGCUGUAAAGGCUAUCGGACAAGCUGCGAUCAAGAUCGAGAGCGCCAGCGAGAAGUGCGUAAACACCCUUCUUGACCUCAUCGCCACAAAAGUGAACUAUGUUGUUCAAGAGGCGAUUGUAGUCAUCAAGGACAUUUUCCGAAAAUAUCCUGGUUAUGAAGGGAUCAUUCCAACUUUGUGCAAACACAUUGAUGAAUUAGAUGAACCAGAGGCACGUGGUGCUUUGAUAUGGAUUGUAGGAGAGUAUGCGGAGAAAAUUAGCAAUGCUGAUGAGAUUCUUGCUGGCUUCGUGGAAGGCUUUAUGGAAGAGUUCACACAAGUCCAGCUUCAAAUUUUGACUGCCGUUGUCAAGUUAUUUUUGAAGAAACCUGACAACAACCAAGGUCUCGUACAGACGGUUCUCCAGUCUGCAACGGCCGACAACGAUAACCCGGAUAUUAGGGAUAGAGCAUAUGUUUACUGGAGACUGCUAUCAGGCGAUCUUCAAAUCGCCAAGAACAUCAUUCUCUCGGAAAAACCUCCUAUCACCACUACCAUGUCAUCACUACCUCCAGCACUAUUAGAACAACUUUUAACCGAGCUUUCAACUCUUGCUUCCGUAUAUCACAAACCACCAGAGACCUUCGUCGGCCACGGUCGAUAUGGCGCCGACGCCAUCCAACACGCAGCGAUUCAAGAGCAACGCCAAAACGCAGUCGACAAUCCAAUCGCAGCCGCUGGGGUGGUCGCCAAACAAAAUGGUCAAAACGCUGAGAACCUUCUCGACAUCGACUUUGACGGCGGCGCACCCGCAUCAGCAGACGCCCUACCUAGCGGCGGCGCAUCAGGUCUCGAAGGUCUUGCUGGAACCCCUCAACGUGUCGCUAGUCCACCUUCCCAACAACCAGCCAACAACAUGGAUGACAUGAUGGGUCUGUUCGAUAUGAAUGGAAGUAGCUCGAACCCGGCACCACAGGGCAACGAUAUGAAUGAUCUGAUGGGCGGUCUUGCGGGCAUGGAUAUGAGUCUUAAUCAUCAGCCGCCGCCACCGCAGCAGCAGCUUGGGGAGCAGGGGAAGAAGACUAAUGAGGAUUUGUUGGGGAUGUUUUAG